UGUCGGAGCGGCACUUUACCGGCACCACGCCGUCGCUCUGCUUUGCCCCUUCCGUCAGCCGCCCCACCUACUUCUCCACUUCUGCGAAAGAUGCCUCGCUAUGAGCUGGCUUUGAUCCUAAAAGCCAUGCAGAGGGGUUGGUACUGUAGGCCUCACUAGACUUAGCUGCAACUAAGAAUUUCUUCCACAUCAACCAAGUUAAUGGUGAUGCUCUUGUGGAUUGGCGAAUAAAAGUACGUGCUAAAUAUUUCAGAAGCACAGAAAACAAAUUUUUCUUCUCAGAGUUGUACCACAACUACUACCAUCAAGAUAGCAAACCAAUGGACAAAGAAUUUGAUCCACAGUAUUUGUAAAACUAAAGAUUUGUUUUACUAAGGCUUGAGGUCUGUGACCCGGACAUCAGCUUUUGGAAGCUCCUUUGUUUACAGAAAUGAGGGCGGCUUUGGAACCAGCAGACAUUGCCAUUGUGGCACUGUAUUUUGUGCUUGUGCUGUGCAUAGGCUUUUUUGCCAUGUGGAAAUACAAUCGAAGCACUAUAAGUGGGUACUUCCUGGCAGGGCGAUCUAUGACAUGGAUGGCAAUUGGUGCUUCCUUGUUUGUGAGCAACAUUGGGAGUGAACACUUCAUUGGGCUUGCAGGAUCUGGAGCAGCAAGUGGAUUUGCCGUGGGGGCAUGGGAACUCAAUGCCUUAUUGCUUUUGCAACUCUUAGGAUGGAUCUUUGUUCCGGUUUACAUACAUUCUGGAAUAUACACCAUGCCUGGAUACUUAUCCAAACGUUUUGGAGGGCAUAGAAUUCAAGUAUACUUUGCCUUGUUGUCUCUGAUUCUGUAUAUCUUCACCAAACUUUCAGUGGAUUUGUAUUCAGGUGCACUGUUUAUUCAAGAAUCACUAGGCUGGAAUAUUUAUUUGUCGGUAAUACUGCUGAUUGGACUGACCGCACUGCUGACUGUGACUGGGGGUCUUGUGGCAGUUAUCUACACAGACACUAUUCAAGCUUUGCUUAUGAUUAUUGGUGCCCUCACCCUUAUGAUUAUAAGUAUGGUAGAAGUUGGUGGAUUUGAAGAGAUGAAAAGAAAGUACAUGUUGGCAAAACCAAAUGUUACAUCAAUCUUGUUGACUUACAACCUUUCCAAUACAAAUUCCUGUCAUGUUGAUCCAAAGCCUGAUUCACUCAGAAUGUUACGUGAACCAACAGAUGAAGAUGUUCCCUGGCCUGGUUUCCUUUUUGGACAGACACCAGCUUCUGUUUGGUACUGGUGUGCAGACCAAGUCAUCGUUCAGAGGGUUUUAGCAGCAAAAAACAUUGCUCAUGCCAAAGGAUCCACCCUAAUGGCAGGUUUCUUAAAGCUUCUGCCUAUGUUCCUUAUAGUUAUUCCAGGUAUGAUUUCACGAAUACUGUUUGCAGAUGAUAUUGCAUGUAUCAAUCCAGAACAUUGUAUGCAAGUUUGUGGAAGCAGAGCUGGAUGUUCUAACAUUGCCUAUCCACGUUUGGUAAUGAAACUUGUUCCUGUUGGCCUGCGAGGCCUCAUGAUGGCUGUAAUGAUUGCUGCACUGAUGAGUGAUUUGGAUUCUAUCUUUAAUAGUGCCAGUACCAUAUUCACACUUGAUAUCUACAAGCUCCUCAUACGGAAGAAUGCAUCGUCUAGAGAACUGAUGAUUGUUGGAAGAGUUUUUGUUGCUUUCAUGGUGGCAAUAAGCAUUGCCUGGGUCCCAAUUAUAGUGGAAAUGCAAGGAGGUCAGAUGUAUCUCUAUAUACAAGAGGUAGCAGACUAUCUGACUCCACCAGUGGCUGCUAUUUUUCUCUUGGGUGUAUUUUGGAGGCGUUGCAAUGAGCAGGGGGCCUUCUUUGGUGGAAUGGUUGGAUUUGCAUUGGGAGCUGUACGACUUAUACUGGCAUUUGUCUAUCGUGUUCCUGAGUGUGACCAGCCAGACACAAGACCAUACUUUAUCAAAAGUAUCCAUUACAUGUAUGUUGCUACUGCACUGUUUUGGAUCACUGGAAUUAUUGCUAUAGUAGUAAGCUUGCUUACACCACCACCUUCAAAAGAACAAAUUCGGACAACAACAUUUUGGUCUAUGAAAAACAGGACCGUAAAGGAAAGCACUUCAGCAGGCAGUUCAUUCAAAGCACAAGAGAAGACCGUCUUAAAAUACAGCGACACUUCCAAUCAUAUCACUUCAAAUGGGAAAUCUGAAGAAAAUAUUAAAAAUGAUCAGCCUGAAAAUGUCAAUCUCUUAAUUACUUGCAGAGAUGAGAGCAAUCCAGUGAUAUCUUUAAGCAACUCUGAAGUUGAGACUCCAGUUGAUAGUUAUUCUAAUGGACAGGCAGCUCUUAUGGGUAAAGAGAAGACAGGAGAAGAGACUGAAAGUAGUGACAAACCCUGGAAAUUCAUAGAUUGGUUCUGUGGCUUUAAAAGCAAAAACAUUAACAGUCCAGUCAAAGAUAAGGGGGAAGAAGAGGCUAUUUGUCUACAAAUGCUGGAAGAGACUCCAAAAGUUAAAUUAAUACUAAACAGUGGACUAUUUUGUGUGUGUUCAGUUGGAAUAUUCAUGUUUGUUUAUUUCUCUAUAUGAGCAAAUGAAUUUUAUUUGGUCAGACAUACAGAAGUAGAGAUAGAGGUCCUUGGAGAAAUAUAUUUUUGUGUGUGUGUGUGUGUGUGUGUGUGUGUCUUAGUCUUAUAUCUCAGGAUUCCUUUACGCUUUUAUCGUCAGCCAAAUUAUUUUUCAACCAUUUUGAAAAUUAUUAGACUUUUUAGAUGUUAGCAUUUCUGUUUGAAUGCAAAAGGUUUGUGGGAUUAAGUGCAGUACUAAAUGUUGGGUUUUUGUAUACCAAAGUAAGAGAUAAAUGUGUGUUGAGAGGUAAAAUAUUAAAGCACUCUCAGAGGUCCAGCAAAAGUGAAAAUAGUGUUAUAGUUAAAAGGGGCACAUUAUGAAGAGCAUUCCAGAGUAUUUUUGAGUGUCAGAAUAUGUUUUCUUUUUGGAAUCCUAAUCAAGUAACUUUCUGUGAUUUCUCCCUAUAUUCUUAAAACAUCGAAUCUAUGUUCCUAACAACAAAAAGAAAAACACACACAAGUAUUCUAAUUAAAUGUUACGUGAUUGCUGAAAUUUUGCAUUGCUGAACCUAUAAUUCCUCCCCUCCCCUUUCUAGAUAAAACCACAUAUUUUAAAACAACACUUCAGUCUUGCUGUUAGAAACCAGAAUAUACAAAUAAAAA